AUGGGAGACAAGAAGAGCCCCACCAGGCCGAAGCGGCAGCCGAAGCCGUCCUCGGAUGAGGGUUACUGGGACUGUAGCGUCUGCACCUUCCGGAACAGCGCCGAGGCCUUCAAGUGCAUGAUGUGCGAUGUGCGGAAGGGCACCUCCACCCGGAAGCCUCGACCUGUCUCCCAGUUGGUUGCGCAGCAGGUUACUCAGCAGUUUGUACCCCCUACACAGUCAAAGAAAGAGAAAAAAGACAAAGUAGAAAAAGAAAAAAGUGAAAAGGAAACAACUAGCAAAAAGAACAGUCAUAAGAAAACCAGGCCAAGAUUGAAAAAUGUGGAUCGGAGUAGUGCUCAGCAUUUGGAAGUUACCGUUGGAGAUCUGACAGUCAUUAUUACAGACUUUAAGGAGAAAACGAAGUCACCGCCUGCAUCUAGUGCUGCCUCUGCCGAUCAACACAGUCAGAGUGGCUCCAGCUCUGAUAACACAGAGAGGGGAGUGUCCAGGUCAUCUUCACCCAGAGGAGAGGCCUCGUCACUGAAUGGAGAGUCUCAUUAA